CAGAACCACCCUUUGCUGGCCAGUUGUGUCGCACCUCAGAGGAAGCACGGCGGUGGCGCCUGGGCAGAAAGAUUCUCAAAGAAAGGAAGAGAGGAAGUAGAGAGGAAACAAGGAAAAUGAAGCCAGCUCUGAGGGUGCCGGCGAGAGGGUGGCGGACCGGGAAGAAGAGCAGACUCGGAUGCUGCUUUUCCGCACCCCGCGCGUGAACGCCCUCUCCUCCGCGACCCCAGUAAAUAAGUGGGUGAAGCCUGGACCAAAAGGAAAAGGAAUCCAGCCAAGUGAGAACGCCGCUUCUCUGUCACCGCUGCCCCCUAGGAAGUCCCGCGGCUUCUCGGAGGGUCAGGCGCUGUGCCCCAGGUGCCCUGCAGAUGGGGCGAGCAGGGACUAGACACACAAGCCGCGGGUGACCGGCGCUGGCGGGUCCUCCUGCCCGGCUAGCGCAGGGACCAGGCGGCCAGAGGAUGCUAAGCGGAAGAGCCUGGGAACCGCAUCUGCCACUGCUAGGUAUUUGCUAGGCUCCCACUUGGAUGCCCUCGGGACCGCUCCAGCUCCUGGGACCGCUUCGCUGAGUCGGGAAGCUGCACUCCGGACUUGGAGGUGGAGACCUCGGGCGGCAGAGACCUCGGGCGGCGGCUGCAGAGGGGCGAGCAGGGCGCAGGAGGGGGCGCGCUUUCUCCCUGCGGGUCUCAGUAAUGAGGAGACUGACUUUGUGGUGGCUGCUGAGCAGGGUCUGUCUGCUACUGCCGCUCCCCUGCGCACUGGUGCUGGCCGGGGUACCUGGCUCCUCCUCGCACCCGCAACCCUGCCAGAUCCUCAAGCGCAUCGGACACGCUGUGAGGGUGGGCGCGGUGCACUUGCAACCCUGGACCACGGCCCCACGAGCAACCAGCCGCGCUCAGGAUGGCAGCCAGGCGGGUGUCCAGAGGAAUGAGCCGGAGUCAGGGACUUGGAGGCCCCCGGCGCCCUCGCAGGGUGCACGCUGGUUGGGGACCACUCUGCAUGGCCGGGGUCUGCCGGGCUCCCGGAAGCCUGGAGAGGGCACCGGGGCUGAGACCUUGUGGCCGCGGGACGCCCUCCUCUUCGCAGUGGAAAACCUGAACCGAGUGGAGGGGCUGCUCCCCUAUAACCUGUCUUUGGAAGUAGUGAUGGCCAUCGAGGCGGGCCUGGGCGAUCUGCCGCUUUUGCCCUUCUCCUCCCCUAGCUCGCCGUGGAGUAGUGACCCUUUCUCCUUCCUACAGAGUGUGUGCCACACCGUGGUGGUGCAAGGGGUUUCUGCGUUUCUGGCCUUCCCCCAGAGCCAGGGCGAGAUGAUGGAGCUGGACUUGGUCAGCUCUGUCCUGCACAUCCCAGUGAUCAGCAUCGUGCGCCACGAGUUUCCGCGGGAGAGUCAGAAUCCCCUUCACCUACAACUGAGUUUAGAAAAUUCAUUAAGUUCUGAUGCUGAUGUCACUGUCUCAAUCCUGACCAUGAACAACUGGUACAAUUUUAGCUUGUUGCUGUGCCAGGAAGACUGGAAUAUCACCGACUUCCUCCUCCUCACCGAGAAUAAUUCCAAGUUCCACCUCGGGUCUGUCAUCACCAUCUCGGCUAACGUGUCCUCCACCAAGGACCUCCUAGGCUUCCUGCAGGUCCAACUAGAGAGUAUUAAGAACAGCACCUCCACCAUGGUGAUGUUUGGCUGUAGCAUGGAGAGUAUCCGGCGGAUUUUUGAAAUUUGCACCCAGUUUGGGGUAUCAGCCCCUGAGCUUCACUGGGUGCUAGGAGAUUCCCAGAAUGUGGAGGAGCUGAGGACAGAAGGCUUGCCUUUGGGGCUCAUUGCUCAUGGAAAAACAACACAGUCUGUAUUUGAGUACUAUGUACAGGAUGCCAUGGAGCUUGUCGCAAGAGCAGUAGCCACGGCCACCAUGAUCCAACCAGAACUCGCUCUCAUUCCCACCACGAUGAACUGCAUGGAUGUGAAAACUACAAAUCUCACUUCUGGACAAUAUUUAUCAAGGUUUCUCGCCAAUACCACUUUCAGAGGUGUCAGUGGGUCCAUCAAAGUGAAAGGUUCCACCAUCAUCAGCUCAGAGAACAACUUUUUCAUCUGGAACCUGCAGCAUGACCCGAUGGGAAAACCAAUGUGGACUCGCUUGGGCAGCUGGCAAGGGGGGAAGAUUGUCAUGGACUAUGGAAUAUGGCCAGAGCAAGCCCAGAGGCACAAAACCCACUUCCAGCAUGCAAAUAAGCUACACUUGAGAGUGGUGACCUUGAUUGAACACCCAUUUGUCUUCACAAGAGAAGUAGAUGAAGAAGGCCUAUGUCCUGCUGGCCAACUCUGUCUGGACCCUAUGACUAAUGACUCUUCCAUAUUGGACAGCCUGUUUAGUAGUCUCCAUAGCAAUAAUGAUACAGUGCCAAUCCAGUUCAAGAAGUGUUGCUAUGGGUAUUGCAUUGAUCUACUGGAACAGCUAGCAGAGGACAUGAACUUUGACUUUGACCUUUAUGUUGUGGGGGAUGGAAAGUAUGGAGCCUGGAAGAAUGGCCACUGGACUGGGCUAGUGGGUGAUCUCCUGAGUGGGACUGCCCACAUGGCAGUCACUUCCUUCAGCAUCAAUACUGCACGAAGCCAGGUGAUAGAUUUCACCAGUCCUUUCUUCUCAACCAGCUUGGGCAUCUUAGUGAGAACUCGAGACACAGCAGCUCCCAUUGGAGCCUUCAUGUGGCCCCUCCACUGGACCAUGUGGCUGGGGAUUUUUGUGGCUCUGCACAUCACUGCCAUCUUUCUCACACUGUAUGAAUGGAAGAGUCCCUUUGGUAUGACUCCUAAAGGGAGGAAUAGAAGCAAAGUCUUCUCCUUCUCUUCGGCCUUGAAUGUCUGUUAUGCCCUUUUGUUUGGCAGAACAGCAGCCAUCAAACCCCCAAAAUGCUGGACUGGAAGAUUUCUAAUGAACCUUUGGGCCAUUUUCUGUAUGUUUUGCCUUUCCACGUAUACGGCAAACUUAGCUGCUGUCAUGGUAGGUGAGAAGAUUUAUGAAGAGCUUUCUGGAAUUCAUGACCCUAAGCUUCACCACCCUUCGCAAGGCUUCCGCUUUGGAACUGUCCGGGAAAGCAGUGCUGAAGAUUAUGUGAGGCAGAGCUUCCCAGAGAUGCAUGAAUACAUGAGAAGGUACAAUGUACCGGCCACUCCGGAUGGAGUGCAGCGUCUGAAGAAUGAUCCAGAGAAACUAGACGCCUUCAUCAUGGACAAAGCCCUUCUGGAUUAUGAAGUGUCAAUAGAUGCUGACUGCAAGCUUCUGACUGUGGGGAAACCGUUCGCCAUCGAAGGAUAUGGCAUUGGUCUCCCUCCCAACUCUCCACUGACCUCCAACAUAUCUGAGCUCAUCAGUCAGUACAAGUCACAUGGGUUUAUGGAUGUGCUGCACGACAAGUGGUACAAAGUUGUUCCCUGUGGCAAGAGAAGCUUCGCUGUCACCGAGACUUUGCAAAUGGGCAUCAGGCAUUUCUCUGGACUCUUUGUGCUGCUGUGCAUUGGAUUUGGUCUGUCCAUCCUGACAACACUUGGUGAACACAUAGUGCACAGACUGCUGCUACCACGAAUCAAAAACAAAUCCAAGCUGCAAUACUGGUUGCACACCAGUCAGAGGUUACACAGAGCAUUGAACACAUCAUUUGUAGAGGAAAAGCAGCAGCCAUUCAAGACAAAACGUGGGGAAAAGAGGUCCAACCUGGGGCCCCGUCAGCUCAUGGUGUGGAAUACUUCCAAUCCGAGUCAUGACAAUCAACAAAAAUACAUCUUCAGUGAUGAGGGAGGACAAAAUCAGCUGGGCAUCCAGACCCACCAGGACAUUCCUCUCCCCACAAGGAGAAGAGAGCUCCCUGCCUCAUUGACCACCAAUGGGAAAGCAGACUCCCUCAACAUAACUCGAAACUCAGUGAUGCAGGAACUCUCAGAGCUGGAGAAACAGAUCCAAGUGAUCCGCCAGGAGCUGCAGUUGGCUGUGAGCAGGAAGACGGAGCUGGAAGAGUAUCAAAGGACAAAUCGGACUUGUGAAUCCUAGGCAGUUUCAUUGCUCCUCUCACUCAGCUCCUGGUAUUCUGGAGCCCUUGAGACACUUUGUAAUGCUCUUUUGCAUUGACUAACAAAGGUGUGAGGAAGUGAGGUGGAGGUCUCCUGACAGUGAGCAUAUUAUCCCUGGUCUAACAUGCAGCAUCUUCUCCCACUUGCCCCCUGGUCUCCAGGGUAGGAAUCGUUUCCUUAGCAGGAGCCUAAAGUUAGUCAGGAGAAAACUCUGAAUAAGGGGCUCUGUGAACAGCUAGACCAGUCUGGCUUCCGACAACCUUUUCACCUGGUGCCACAACAAUAUUUCUGGUUUCAGUCCUCUGCAAGAGAUAAAAAUCGUUACUCAGACCUGUGUCUUACUGGGUUGGUUUUUAAUACUACCAUAGAAUUAUCCAGGGUUGCAGAUUUGAUAAAAUUUCCCAAUCUAAAUUGGGUUCUACAUUCUGAAGGAGUCGGGUAGGAGCCAGCAAAACUGGGGCAGAACAGAGACUUAGAAAUGAUCCGAGCUCAGAAUUGCCACAGGCAAGGAUUGAUGGGCUCAGGCAAGAGCCAUGGGCUUGAGAGGCUCUGGAUCUCUGACGCCAUCCUGACUAACAUCUAAUAGGAACAUAUUGGCACACCACUAUAAUGGGGAAGGGGAUGUGGUGAGUGGAAUUACAGGACAGGCAGAUGGUGCGUUAACAAUGCACAUAGCGCUUUUAAAAUAAAAGCCUGGGUCAGAAAGGCAAAUUGGCUAAAGAAUGAAUUGCACUAUACUUCUAAUCUGACUAAGAAUCUCACUGUAGUGUGUGCCUUUUAUAAUGGAAAGGAAAGCAAAGUCACAUCCUUAGAUGAGUAAGCCUGUAAAAACACUACUUAAUGCUUGUAACAGGGUCUGUGACCUGGCACUGCGUAAGGAAAAUAUUUUGCAUACCACAUGUGAGGCUGUUUACAGAUAAAUGGUCACCUAUCUCUUGGCCUUAGUAACCAGGGGCUUGUGGACAUCACAAAUGCCAAAUACUAGAAUCUACCGUGCUUUGCAAUCUGCCAUCCUCAUACCUACUCAAAUCUGAGGAACUAUGUUAGGCUCUGGUCCUUCUGAUUAUUCUCCUGGUCCAUCUAAUGCACCCAAAAGAUUGGUGUGAGUAGCCUAGAAUCCCCUCUACGUAAGCAUCAUUUUUCAAGGAUACAACUGCUUGGCAUGCAGAAAGAAAACAAAUAUGAGACCUUCGGAUGUUCCAAUGCCAUCUCUAAUGUUGGCUAGUUAAGAGUUACCCAAGGCCUCAUCAGAGUGCUGAUUGCCAGGACCCUUCCCCAGAAAUUAUGGUGGGUCUUGAGGUGGACUCAGAAUCCUAAUGUUAGUCAGUCAGUACCCCAGGACACACUGAUCCUAACAUUACUCUUGGAGAAGCACUGCUCUGGAACUUUGGCUGUCCUCAGGCAUGUGAGAAGGGAGGAGAGCCUAUUGCCUUUUCUUCUUUUAUUUCAGCACCCAAGUGCUGAUUCCCUUCCACAUUCCAACCCCAACCCCAGUGUGCCAUUUAGAAGUAGAUUUCCUUGUUGAUCAAUGGCUGCUUUAUCUUCUCCGUACUCACUUUCCCACCUGCCAUUUUUAAUAUCUACAGUGAGUGCACAUCAUGCCAAGCAGCGUGCAGAUCAUUAAAGGGGGCUUCAAUCAUAAAAUUCCUUCCACUUUCAGAUACAGCAAGAGCUAUGCAGACCCCUGGGGAAAGAUGGCACCGUCAGCUGAAAUCAGAUGACACCUGAGCAGUGAGUUAAUUGUUGAGAAAACCCAGGCGUGCAGGUAAACCCCAGAGAUGCUCUCGAGGGGAUAGGAGGACUCUAAAAUCAGACUCCAUCAACCUCACAGAUGAAACAGCUCAGCAAGGAGGGGCAAGCGAGCCAUGAGAACAGAAACAGACAACAUGCCGUGCAGUGCCCUCAUCCCCUCCUGUGUUCUCACCCCAGGCUUCAGCUAGCUGCUUUAGGAAGGUUCAUCUCCUAGCCACCUAUCUGCAACAACUAAGCCCUGGAGACUGCUCUGAGCACCCCUGUAUGCCUGCACAGCCCACAAGGCUGAUGCACAGGCGUACCUUAAUUCACAGGACAGCCAUGCUCCUGUUGUACAUGGACAUUUUUGUAAAUCAACUCAUAUCCCGACUGUACUUGAGAGGCUGGCUACUUAAGGGACCCCAGAGGUGAAUUAUUUUGUAAAGAAUCCUUUUGUAAUUCAAUUAAGUAUCCCUUAUUGUAUCUGUUUUGUAAGUUUGGAUUUUUGUAUAUCGGGUUUACCUUAAGCUUCUUUACUGAGGCAUUCUGAGUAGUGGUGAUCACAUGCCAGAGCAGCUUGCCCACCCACAGAGCUGAUGACCAGUGCAUGCUCCUUCUGUCUUGAGGAUCUACUUGGCCAAAACUGUGGUCAGGAUGCAGCAAGCAGCAGGUAAAGGGAGGCUUACUGCUGUCAGCACUGCUUAAAAUGCUUCUAUGUCUUGGGUAAAAAAAAAAAAACAAAAACAAAAACAAAAAAACAACCAAACAUAAUUGCUUGUGGUGAAAUGAAGCAGUUUUCAUGAUAAAUAGCAAUUUUUUAAUGGUAGUAAUUGAACAGUGUUUUGCAAUUUGUGAAACAGUGUGCUGUGUUUUGUAUAAAUUUUUCAUGCAAGGGAGGGUCCUUCAAAACCUUUCUGUUCUGCUCCACCUCUGUUCUCUCAACUACCCCUCAGGCUCACAAAGGGGGAAGCCUUCAGGUGCAGGGUUGUGGCAAAGGGCUAAAGGAUGUGGCCUGGCAGCCUCUUCUGAGCUCCCAUUUCUUGAGACCAGGAAAGCCUUUGUUCUCACCCAGGCUCUGAACUGAGAAACCUGGAAUAUGACCAACUGUCUCCCAGACCCCAAGUCCAUUCCCCAAUAGGGAAUUCCUAGCACAAGAAGUACGAAAAGCAUAACUGGGUAAGCUGGGACAGAUAUGGCUUUUGGGAGAAGAAAGCAAAGGCCCCACAGUACAUACACCCCAAGAGGAGAAAGGGUAUCCCUCCAACAAAAACAAGCUGGAAGGACUGGGAUAGCCAGAGAAGCAGCAACAGGAACCUCUUAAGUUGAGGUCUUUAAUGUGCCUGGAUUUUUCAUCCCUCAUGAAUUUUACACAAACUCUAUCCUGUACAGGAGUGGCUGCUUCUCUUCCACCUUGAGAAAUGGCAAGUGAAGCCACGAACAAAACUGUGUCACUGAGCUAACACUUUCCAUUGUUGUUGGGUCCAUCAGAGCAUUGGAGAAAGUUAAUCACUCCCUUGAGUGUAUCGGAAAGGGAAAAGAAACAACUUUAGAGCCUUUUCCCCUCUCAACUCAUAGUUUAAAAAGCAAACCAGAAAACCCACUCAAGACCAGAAGAAAUUGCUUUUCUAGGCAUUAAAACCACUUCACUAUCAGCAUCUCUACUUCUUUCUUUCUUACCCUGCCCUCCCACCCUCAACUACCCAUCCAAUCUAGGAGCCCCGUACUCCCUUUAGUUUAGUUCCCGAUCACUUUAUGAAAAUAAUGUGCUUCUAAGUAUUUUCUUAAGGUCUGUGAAGAGUAUUUGCACUGUGUCUUCAUUUCAGUGUUUGCAACUGCUCCGCUCCAGAACUUGAAGCGGUCUCGUGAGCAUGGCGGAACAGACUGUUUGCUGCAAGCACUCUUCUUGUACGACCACGUGGGUGGACAACAUGUCCUCAGGUCUUUUCCAUCUUCCGUUUCUAUGACUGUGGAAUAAAUGUUCAGAUAGAAACUUCA